AUGAGUGAUGAAGGAGAAAGGACUUGUCCUCUCUGUGCUGAAGAGAUGGAUUUGACUGAUCAGCAAUUGAGACCAUGCAAAUGUGGCUACCAGAUUUGCGUCUGGUGUUGGCAUCACAUAAUGGACAUGGCUGAGAAGGACAACACAGAGGGACGGUGCCCUGCAUGUCGUUCUCCAUAUGAUAAGGAAAAGAUUGUCGGGAUGGCUGCAAACUGUGAGAGAUUGGUGGCUGAAGUUCAUAUGGAAAGAAAGAUGAAGAGCCAAAAAGCGAAGUCUAAAUCUUUUGAAGGACGGAAGCAGCUCAAUGAUGUGCGAGUUAUUAGGAGGAAUCUUGUUUACAUAGUUGGGUUGCCUCUUGACCUGGCUGAUGAAGAUCUUCUCCAGCGGCGAGAGUAUUUUGGUCAGUAUGGGAAGGUCUUAAAAGUGUCGAUGUCUCGGACAGCAGCUGGUAUUGUUCAGCAGUUUCCUAACAGCACAUGUAGUGUAUAUAUUACUUAUUCAAAGGAAGAAGAAGCAGUUCGAUGUAUUCAAAAUGUACAUGGAUUUGUUUUGGAGAGCAGACCUUUAAGGGCUUGUUUUGGAACAACUAAAUAUUGUCAUGCUUGGCUCAGAAACAUGCCCUGCAACAAUCCGGAUUGUGUAUAUCUUCAUGAAAUUGGCUCUCAAGAAGACAGUUUCACAAAAGAUGAAAUAGUUUCAGCAUACACUAGAAGUCAUGUUCAACAUAUUACUGGUGCUGCAACCAAUAUGGAACGGCGGUCAGGGAAUGUAUUGCCUCCUCCGUUGGAUGAUUGCACGAGCAACACUUCAGAGAAACCCACUGUGAAAAAUACUUCUAGUCAGAACUCUGUUUGCACUGUAAGAGGUUCGCCUCCUAAUGGAAGUCCUGCAAAGCUUAUGGUUCCCCCUGCUGCAUGGGGUUUGCGGGCUACAAAUUGUCAGCCAGCUGCUGGUAGUCUAUCAUGUCCUACUGGACUGUCCAAGCCCAAGCCUGAUUCCAUCAGCAGCACCACUCAAGUUUCACUGCAUAGUGAGUCAAUAAAGAGGCAAGUGUCAAGUGAUGGGCGUCAUAAUAUAGUGCCUGGAGAAAAAAAUAACACUAUGAAUGUCCUUGCGAGUGCAAGUGAAAAAACUUUGGCUUCUGAUGUUUCUCUUGCGCCUGUGAAUUCAAACACCCAGUUGUCUUCUAUACCAUUAGCCAGAGUUACUGCUACCAAUGAAGAGGUUCAAAAUUUGUCAUAUGGGCUGUCCUCUGUUGACCUUGAUAGAAAUGCCCGAAAUGAACAUUACAACGUAACCAGACCCAGCAGCUCACCUCUUGAUUAUGUACUGGCUAAGUCUAUGCAAUCUCAAGGAUCAGAACAUAUUGAUAAAUUCAGAAAUGUGAUAAAUUCAAAUGCUGCUAAUAAAGCCUCUAUAUCAGAUAGCGAGGUCUGUAAAUCAAAAGAACAAUAUGAUUUAAAAUUGGAUUCUCAAUCUGAGCUAGCAUCUGGUUAUGCUGAAGUAGAAGAUGAUGUGACAUCUUUUGAUAGUCAGAGACUUAAGGAUCCAGAAGUCGUUAGUCAUUCUUAUUUGCCUAGGUCUUGUUUCCCUCACGUCACAAAUCAUAAUAAUCCUCAUCCUCUGCAGCAUGGUGAACCUUGUACUGUUGUUAAUGCUGGUUCUUUAGCCACAGUUAAUGAGGUUGGGUAUGAACCAAAAUUACAUGAAUCUAAAGCAUUAUGCAAUGGCUAUUCUGAGAAAUUGGACAGCACCAGCUCAUUGCUGCAUGAUGAAAGGAAUGAUCAUCACAUUGGAAAAUUAAUGAGUAAAACAGUUAAUAUAGGAAAUGAUGCUGCUACAACAGAUAAUGGUGAGAGUAGUAUAAUUUCAAAUAUAUUGUCCAUGGAGUUUGAUGCCUGGGAUGAUUUGGCGAAGCUGUUAAGUGACAGCACCGAAAAUCAGAAUGGUCCUCUAAAGAAAUCUAGUUCUUGGAAUGUUCAAACCAAUCAAUCAAGAUUUUCUUUUGCAAGACAAGAGGAAUCCAAAAACCAAGCCUUUGAUAUGAAUCCAUCUCAUGGUGCCAACCAACAAUUACUCAGAAGCCGCUCACUCUUCCAAGAUUUUGUGGAAACAACAGACAUGUCUUUGGACAAGGUGGGUAUUGCAUAUGGCUUUCCCGCCAAUAACAUUGAGGAAUCUGAAAAUCUAGGCAGUGGUCAGUUUGUUGCUUCUUCCAAUAAGCUUUCUGCUAACUCAAAACCACAAAUUUCAGCACCCCCAGGAUUUUCAGUUCCAAGCAGGCCACCACCUCCUGGUUUUUCUUCUCAUGAGAGAAUGGGGCAGACUUUUGACUCAAUUUCUGGGAAUUCCUUGCUUGACCCUUUGUUAUGGAGAAAUUCUUAUCAGACACCAUCAACUGGAAAUUUUGGUGGUGCAGGAGACAUUGAGUUUAUGGAUCCGGCUAUUUUGGCAGUUGGUAAGGGGAGGCUUCAAGGUGUGCUAAACAGUCCAACACUAGACAUGCAAUCCAAUUACACCCCACAAUUAAAUUACCUUGAGAACGAAGCCAGGCUUCAGUUAUUGAUGCAAAGAUCUCUCCCACCUCAACAUAACCAUCGAUUUUCGGAAAUUGGGAACACAUUUUCUCAGCUUGGUGAUCCUUAUGGAAUUUCUUCACGGAUAGAUCAAUCACAUGUCAGUAAUCUGGCAACAUUUCCUCAACUGUCUCUCCAGCAGUCUAGAAAUGCUGUCUUGUCAAAUGGCAAUUGGGAUGGGUGGAAUGAAAUGCAGAAUGGAAAUAGGAUGGGUAUGGCUGAGCUUUUGAGAAAUGAAAGACCCGAGUUUAGUAAGUUUUAUAGAGGAUAUGAUGAUUCAAAAUACCAGAUGCCAAAUUCUGGGGAUAUAUACAACAGGACAUUUGGGAUUUGA